UUCAACAUGUAUGUAGAAAGACGCACGUUACAAAGUCAACUGUUUCAUAAACGUCGCUGGGAAAUCACGGGACCACGGCUUAGUAUGAGAAUAGGAUUUAUUAAACUACUGACAGAUUAUCCAGGCAACUAGUGAUUAUUUUACCUGCGGAAGUACCUUAACACAUGACUGGUGGAUUUUAAUUUCUUGACCUUUUUGACAAGUUAUUUUCGUUCGAACGACAUUAUAAAGAAAGCUCACCUGUGCAAUUGUUCAGUGUCAACAUUGGAAAUAAAUCAUGUAAAUUACAUCCAGCUGAGACGAUAUUUGAAAUUGUGGGAAAUAUAGAAUCGGGAGUUGAGAAGGUGACGAGGGAAACAUGGAUUUUAACGUUUUCUUCCUAUCUGGGAUAAAAUUUCACUUUUUAGUAAUUCUCAAUCUUCUUGUGCUCGGAAGCUGCCCAUCUCUCGCUAUACAUACCAACAUAACCAGAAAAGAUAUAUUGAAUACGAUGCUAGACGGAUAUGAAGCAUGGAUAGCACCCAGCUAUGACAGUGUAACUCUGGGAUACACAGGUAAGCCUAUUGUUGAUAUCGUGCAACUGUACGUCCUCAGCAUCGAUUCCAUUCGAGACACCAACAUGGAUUAUACGAUGUCCUUUUACUUUCGUCAACGAUGGAUUGAUUCACGCCUGACAUACAACGAAUCCUAUGGAGUGGAUGUCAUCGAGCUUGACACGAAAAUAAUGGAGCGGAUCUGGGUCCCAGAUAUCUACUUUGUUAAUGAGAAACAAGCAACAAUGCACAAGGUCACGGUGCCUAAUAAAAUGAUGUACUUGUAUCCUAAUGGACUGGUUCUUUAUAGUACGAGAAUAACCGGUGUGUUUUCGUGCAUGAUGAACCUUAAAAAGUACCCGCUAGAUCGCCAGAUAUGCAGUCUUCGACUCGAAAGCUAUGCACAUAGCGCCAAAAAUAUCGUUGUUCGUUGGAAGACGCCCGCAGUAGAAUUCUCCCCUACACUCCUACUGCCACAGUUUGAAAUAGAAAAUAACCAUGCUGCAAUUUGUGACACCUUGUAUAUGGGAAUAAACUACUCGUGCGUUUUACUGGAUAUCCACUUAAAACGUAACCACGGCUAUUACAUUACUCAGAUUUACGUUCCCAGCGCCUUAGUAGUCGUUCUCUCCUGGGUAAACUUCUGGUUAACCGUGGACGCCGUGCCCGCUAGAAUUUCCCUGGGGCUCCUCACCGUGCUCACGAUGACAACACAAAGCACAUCUUUUUUCUCCAAUCUACAAAAAGUGUCCUACAUUAAAGCUUUAGAUGUCUGGUUGGCUGUGUGUAUGCUAUUUGUGUUUUCGGCGUUACUCGAAUUCGCCUAUGUGAACGUGACUUAUCGUGUGACGAAUAGAAGAAAAUCUAUACAAGAUCUUCCAAUGUUUUUACAUAGAAACGGAGAUUGUCAACCCGAAUCUGUAUUUUCUGUGAUUCGAAAUAGAGAUACAAAACAACAUCAAACUCAAAGUAUGACAGACAGGCACAAGAGAACGGGCCUGUUUGGGAGUCUUUAUUCCAAAGAUCGGGAAAAAGCUCGUAAUAUUGACCGGAUAGCAAGGAUAGCGUUUCCAGUUGCUUUUAUGGUAUUCAAUAUCGCCUACUGGUGUGUAUACAUGUUAUGGGAACCUACUGAGGAACCAGGAUAGCCGAGACGAGGAUUUUAUUUUAUGUAGUUCUAUCAAUUUGUGGAUUUUAAUUUUGAAUAAAUAAUUAAUUUAU